AGUUUGCGUCUGGAGUUACAAACGAUCGGUACAUGCCCGGUGCUAACUAGAUAUAUCCCUUGCCCCCCAUUGCAACCCACAGUUGGGUUCAAUUCAAAUUAAAUGAUCGUUAAGACGUGCACAACAAAAUCCUAAUUAUUCCUAAUAAUUAAUAACCAAAGAGUUCACGGGGUCGGUCUGUGAACAGUUGAAAAGUGCCUCCAAAAACUUCCAAGCGAAUCAAUCUUGUUUGUAUCUGUGAGUCCCAAGUGAGUGUCGUCGCUGUGUGUGUGCGAGUGUAUGUGUGAGUGAGUGUGUGGAGUGUACCUUCAAGGUAUCUAAGCAUCUACACUGGGUCCGCGUCCACUUCCACUGCCUGCUGGAGGUGGAGUUGGAGUUGAAGUUGGAAGUUGGAAACUCGUUUCUCAAAAGUCUGCACAAAACAAGAAAAUAAAGCGCGCGCGCGCCGCGAGAGAGCUACGAAACACAACAAAAAAUAAAAUAAAAUAAUAAUAAUAAGAAAAGCAAAAGCAGAUCCGAUCCCCAGGCAGAGACGGAGGCCGACUAAGAGCCCAGAAUCAUCGCCGCUGCUGCUGCAGAGUGCUCCAAAAGUAUCUGACAGAUACCGAAGAGAGGCAGGCAGGGAUUUGGCUGAGACUGCUGCUCGCCCUUCUGCAUUCUUUUUGCUUGUUUAUUUAAUUUUUGUGUGCUGUGCUGUGCUGUGCUGUGCCGUGCUGUAUGUUGCUUCACUUGUUGCAGCUGCACACACAAAUACACAGAUACAUCUGUAUGCCAUAGAUACAGAUACAGUGCAACAGUACAGCGCCUGUGCGGAAAACGAGAAAACCUGUUCUCCCGUGUGUCCCGUGCAUCCCGAGCCUGUAUAUCGGAAUUAUUCAAAUAAGAAAAUCGCUGUCGUCGUUGUUGUUGCUGCUUGCCUCGUCCUGGACCCCAGUCGAAACCCGAAACAUUUGCCAACAUUUGAAAAGCAGAAAUCCCCCCCAAAAAAAAACACCAACAAAAAACCCGUUUAGUGGUUCUCUUUCGGGGGCCACACAAAUGUACAACAACGAUGGCCACAUUGGGCCUGUCAAAAGUCUUCAUACUGGAUAAAUAUUUCACGGAAUUGCAAAAAUUUUGGGAGACGGAGAAAAAGCUGCAGGAUGCUUCAUCAUCCAACGAGGCGGUGCAUCUGCAACAGCGGCUCAAGAGCCUGAGCACUGAGCUGGUCACACUCCGCAAUCGUUUGCAUGUGGGCCAGGGUCAGGGUCAAGGUCAUGCACAGGGUCAGACCAAUGGCACCCAGCCGCAUGGCUCGCCAGGGAGCGGUGCCAAUGUGGGUUCCAAGGCAAACAACUUUGACCUAAAUGCCUCCACUCCGAAUCUGAAUCUGAGCUCUGCAGCUGGCGGGCUGUCCGCCAGUGCGCUGCAACAGCACACCAAUGGCCACCACACAGUGUCACACAAGCAUUCGCAGCACAACUUUAGCCAUACGCUGCCGGCCAAUGCGGGCUCUGGUACGGUGGUAUCCGCACGUAACACAUCGAUUCCGCACCCACUGCCGCAUCAGUUGGGCGAGAAGACGUCCUUGACGCACCAUCAGAGCCAUGGGGCGUCGACUGGCACGUUGCCCCACAUGGGUAGCAUGGGAAACAUCCUCGGCCAUGGUUCCCACUCGCACUCAAACUCCCAUUCCAACUCGAACACGCUGCCCAUGCGCUCCUCCAACUCCAAUGGACUAGGAGUGACAGCAUCGAAUAGAGUUGGAGGAGCAGGAACCACCCAACACCAGUAUUCGCAUGGCCAUGGCCAGCAGCUGCCAUUCAUACCCGGAUCGAAGCAUGCGAAUCCCUGUCAGAGCGUCAAAACUUUACCCUUUGGCUUUGGUUUCGCGCCGCAUCCAGCCGCCAGGCUGCAGCAGAUCAGCGUCUUGCCCAAAUUGGCCCAGGACAUGCAGGACCUCAUCCAUCUGCCGGGACCACUCACCGAGCAUGCCGUUAUGCGUACACUUCAGGCCCGCUUCAACGAGCAGCGGUACUUUACAAAUGUUGGUCCCAUUUUGCUCUCCAUCAAUCCCUAUCUGGAUGUGGGCAAUCCGCUGACUCUCACCUCCACACGGUCCAUGCCGCUGGCACCACAGCUGCAGAAGAUUGUCCAGGAAGCAGUGCGGCAGCAGAGCGAGACGGGCUAUCCGCAGGCCAUCAUCCUCUCGGGCACUUCGGGUGCGGGCAAGACAGCGAAUGCCAUGCUGAUGCUUCGCCAGCUGUUUGCCAUUGCUGGCGGUGGACCGGAGACGGAUGCAUUCAAGCAUUUGGCCGCUGCCUUCACGGUGUUGCGAUCCCUCGGCUCGGCCAAGACCACCACCAACUCCGAGUCCAGUCGCAUUGGCCAGUUCAUCGAGGUACAGGUGACAGAUGGCGCUCUCUAUCGCACCAAAAUCCACUGCUACUUCCUGGAUCAGACGCGCGUCAUCCGGCCGCUGCCCAAGGAGAAGAAUUAUCACAUUUUCUACCAGCUGCUGGCGGGUCUGAAUCGGGAGGAGCGCCAGAAGCUUCACUUGGAGGGCUACUCGCCGGCGAAUCUGCGCUAUUUACGCGGCGACACGUGCCAAAACGAGCAGGAGGAUGCAGUCCGUUUCCAGGCUUGGAAGACGUGCCUCGGCAUAUUGGGCAUACCAUUUCUGGAUGUGGUGCGAGUAUUGGCAGCGGUACUGCUGCUGGGCAAUGUUCAAUUUAUCGAUGGUGGGGGCCUUGAGGUGGAUGUCAAGGGAGAAACGGAACUAAAUUCGGUAGCCAGUCUUUUGGGCGUACCGCCAGCUGCACUCUUUCGCGGCCUUACCACCCGCACCCACAAUGUGCGGGGGCAGCUGGUGAAGUCCGUGUGUGGGGAUGGAGAUGCCAACAUGACGCGGGAUUGCCUGGCCAAGGCGCUCUACUGCCGCACUGUGGCCACGAUUGUGCGUCGUGCCAACAGCCUGAAGCGCCUGGGCUCCACUCUGGGCACUUUGAGCUCCGAUUCGAACGAGUCGGUGCACAAUCAGGCCGACGCCGCCUCACAGCAUGCCUCCACCAUUGGAGGCGGCAAUGCGGGAUCCAAAUCGAUGGCAGCUCUCAACAAUGCGGUGCGGCAUGCCACGGACGGCUUCAUCGGCAUACUGGAUAUGUUUGGGUUCGAGGAACCCGCACCGCACGCCCAACUGGAGCAUCUGUGCAUCAAUCUGUGUGCCGAGACAAUGCAACAUUUCUACAACACGCACAUCUUCAAGUCCUCGGUGGAGUCCUGCCGGGACGAGGGCAUCGUGUGCGACACCGAGGUGGACUACGUGGACAAUGUGCCGUGCAUCGAUUUGAUAUCCUCGCUGCGCACGGGCCUGCUCAGCAUGCUGGAUGCCGAGUGUUCGGUGCGUGGCACCGCCGAGAGCUAUGUGACCAAGCUGAAGGUGCAGCAUCGCUGCUCCACUCGUCUGGAGACGAAACCCACCGCCGAGCCCCACGAUCCGCGCAUGUUUCUCAUUCGUCACUUUGCGGGACGUGUGGAGUACGAUACGACGGAUUUUCUGGACACCAAUCGGGAUGUGGUGCCAGAUGAUCUGGUGGCGGUGUUCUACAAGCACAGCUGCAACUUUGGCUUUGCCACACAUCUCUUUGGCUCCGAGCUGAAGGCGCUCUAUGCGCAACAGCAAGCGCCGCGCGGUCUCAGCUUCCGCAUUUCGCCCACCUCUCACUCGGACUUGCUGAACGGCGACGAGCCCGUGUCCACGCUCACGCAGGACUUUCACACGCGACUGGACAACCUGCUGCGCACCCUGGUGCAUGCCCGACCGCACUUUGUGCGCUGCAUCCGCAGCAAUGGAGCCGAGCAGGCGGGGUCCUUCGAUCGGGCCACCGUUGUGCGGCAGAUCAGAUCGUUGCAGGUGUUGGAAACGGUCAACCUUAUGGCCUCCGGCUUCCCACAUCGCAUGCGCUUCAAGCAGUUCAAUGCGCGCUACCGUAUGCUGGCCCCCUUCCGCCUGCUGAGACGCAGCGAGGACAAGGCCCUGGAGGAUUGCCAGUUGAUCCUGCAGUAUGCCAUGGAGCAGCCACCUGUACUAGAUGGCUCCGUGACGUUAGCCUGGACACCGGGCAAGCGCCAUGUGUUCCUCAGCGAGGGCAUACGCCAGCAUGUGGAGCAUCUGCGCACGGAAAUCCGCCAUAAGAGCGCCACCUUGAUGCAGGCCACUUGGCGUGGCUGGUGGUGGCGCAAGAAGAUGGGCAACGGCGUCAAGCGUACGCGUAUGAUUCCCCACCAUUUGCCAUCGCCAUCGGCGGCUCCACUGCCAGUGGCCAAGCAGCCUAGCAGCCAUUCUCACAUUUCCCAGAGCAAGUCCGCCUCUACGACGAUGGCUGCAUUGGCGGCAGUGGCUGCCGCAGCUCCAACAACAGUGCCACGCCUCUCUGCCAAAUCCACAAAUCUCUGCAUUGGAGGAACGGUGACCAGGCCCAGACCACAGCCGAUUGCAGGUACUCCACCGCCAGAUCCACAUGAGAAAUGCGAUCAGAAGAUAAUACAGCAAACCUGCAGUCUCUUUGGACUGGAUUUGGAACGUCCACCACCUGUGCCACCCUCCCGUUCCUAUACAAUCAGCGGCAAUUCGAAGCUGGGUUAUCCACAGAGUCGCCUCAUGAAGACGAGCUUUCCCGAGGAGGCAACCGCUGGACAAGCGGACUCACAGCAGCUGAAAAAAGGCGAAACGGUGACUGUGGUGGGUGCCUCCAGUGGUCGUGGACAUUUGCUGGUGGAGCACAAGGGUCAGAGUUAUCAUGUGCCCUUUCAGUACAUGGAAUUGUCUCCGGGCAGCCACAGUGGCAAUGGAAAUGGAAAUGCAAAUGUGACUGCUCUGCCUGCCGUACAGGCGAAUGGUGUUAAGAUUUAAGACUCGAAGAAGAAGACUGUAAAUAUUUCAAUUUUUGUAAUCUAAGAAACAUUCACUUUACACAUUUAAUUUAUACAAAACGCAACGCAACGCAUUCAUAUGCCCCUGCCCCCGUGGUGUAUUCAUUUAAUUAGUAUUAUUCACUCGAUCGAUAGGUUGUAGCCCCCCACCACACACAAGUGCCAAUCAAAUAAGUUCUUCCAUUUAGUUUUUAAGUGACUAAUUCGUAAGUGACUGAGAUUACAUUUUGGCAGUGCUAAAAACGCCACCAGUUUACAAUAUAAACAACAUCUAAACUAAACAUUUGCUCGCCAAUCUUUAGAGGAAAAAGUGUAUUGGUUGUAUUGUAGCCUUAAGGUUCAUACUUUCAUUCAAAUAAAAAUGAAGCAUGCAUUG